AUGACAACCCUCGACAUGGAAUUGGAUGCGUCACGUUCGGAUGCCCAAGUCACAGAGGCCAAUGCCGGCACUGGGGAUUCAGCUGAAGCGUCGACAGCGAGGGAUUCUGCCCCCCGCAGGCUUCCCAAGAAACGGACCAAAACCGGUUGUUUGACAUGUCGGAAACGCCGCAUCAAAUGCGGUGAGGAAAAGCCCACUUGCACCAACUGCGUCAAAUCCAAGCGCGACUGCGAGGGAUAUGCCCCGCGAGUGGUUUUUAAGAAUCCCAUGGGAAUCAUCGGGGCUUAUAGGGCCGAUCACAGCCAAAAUCCGCCGAUGCAGACCGCUCCCGUGAGGAUGCAAAUGUCGAAUGAUUCCAGCAGCCUGCUUCCGCCCCAGCAAGCCGCUGCUGCUACUCAGCAUCUCAUUCUAGCACCACGGCCCGUGGAAACGGGGGUAAUAGACCACUAUACACCUCUGUCAUCUAAGCUGGCUACGCCUGACGGGAUUCAAUUGGACACACCUCCCCCAUUUCGCUAUCCUGCCGUUCCCAUGCAAGCGCCCCCCGAUAUGUGGCCAGCCCAGUCAAUGGACCAGAUUGGACAUGUACCAAUGCCAUCUACCAUGACCGACCACUCACAGUUUCAACCUCAGGACAUCAUCUUUGAUCAAAUGGGUGUUCGCCAUAUCCCGGACAUGGGCAUUGAAACGAUAGAUCAGGCCCACGACCCAAUACGACACCCAGAGCAACCAUAUGCCACAACCAUCUCAUCGACGCCAACUUUCAAUGAGACACGAGGCCAAUACCAGACAAAUCAGGCGCAAGUGCUUCAAAACCCUCAAACGCAUGAACAAUUCACUUCACAGCAGCCGCAGAUUGUGUAUGUGCACGAUGAAGAUGAAGACUUGUAUGACGUGGAAUCCGACGAGGAUAUAGCACAUCAAUCUCAAGCCGAAGGCUCCAAUCAGUUAACGCUGAUCAUGGCCUCUGCCAAUCAUGAUGACAGCCAGCUUCGCUCGUUCACCACAUACUUGAACGAGCCCAACAUUCUCGCCUCCUAUCACCCCUCGUUGGCAUCCUCUCCCCUGAACAAUCCCAAGACAGCCCGUAUAUUUGCUCACUUCAUACACUCAACCGGUCCCUCGUUGUCUAUAUUUGAACGACACGCGACUGACCCCUCUAUCGUUCUGGGAACUCCAGUCUCGGCUGCCCAGCAGGGCUUGUGGACCUACACACUCCCCCUCAAGGCCUUGGAACAUCCGGCGCUACUACAGGCCAUUCUGGCAAUCAGUAGCCUGCAUAUUGCACAAUUGCAACAAGUGCCAACUACUGUAUCUCUGAAGCACUAUCACUACGCACUCAGGCGUGUCGGCCGUGCAGUCGGCCUUCCAUUGCGGCGUAAAAAGAUCGGAACCCUUGCCGCCGCUUUAGUUCUAGGGUACUAUGAGGUGAUAUCUGCCGAGCACUCGAAAUGGAACAACCAUGUGGCCGGGUCAGCCCAGCUCAUCCGGGAAAUUGACUUUGCCGGCCUCACCCGAAACCUACGGGCUCACCGUCGCAGAGCCAGUGAGCAGCGGCGUCAAAUGAGCUGUUCGGCGUGGCAAGGAUUGGGUUACUACCCCUUCGAUAGCGACACCUCUGAGGAUGACCCUUUUGCCGAGAAAGAAAGCAAUAUCGACGAAGGGCUCAUUGGCUCGCUGAUAGGCCGAGCUGUCAACUACGAUGAAUUUGGACGCGUCAAUGACGGGCAUCUACAAAUUCCUACGAGACACUUUUCUCGCAAAGACAUCGAGACCUUUCGCAUCCAGUGCGAUCUUUACUGGUGGUUUAUCAAGCAGGACGUGCUCCAUAGCUUGGUCAGUGGAAACGGACUCUUUAUACCAUAUUAUCAACUGGGCCAAUGUCCGCCUCGAGCAAGAAUUGGGAGACUGGAUGCCAUCUACGGCUCGGCAGAUCAUAUCUGGCUGAUGCUUGCGCGGAUCACGGAUUUCGGUGCUCGUGAUCGCAAGCGGAAAUUAAAAGCACUCAAAGCAGCCGGCACAGACUGGAGGCCAACCCCAGAAUUGUUCAAGUUCAUAGGGCGCUUCAGUAAACACGAUCCCACUCAAAUGCCAGGUCCAUCCAAGCCUUUUGGGCCGAAGGGACCUCCUGGUGGCUCUUCUAUGCCCAAGGAAGGAGGUCCCGUACAACAGGCAGGAAGACCUACGGCAGAUGGAUUGCUAUCCCGAGGUCCUCCGGCACCCGCCCAAGCUAGUCCUCCGAUGUACGGGAUGAUACCCCCGACAGGCCCAACCCAGCUUCCGUCUGGAUUCGCAGACAAGCCCCGCCAGGAACGGGCAUCUCCAGAUAGUGAUGACUCUGACUCGGGCGCGACAUACAGCGAAGCAGAACAGGAAUGGGAGGAGAUCUUUGCCACCAUGGACACCUUAUUCCAGGCGCUGGGCAAUGAUUUCCGGCCUUUACCAGCAGACGUCACUCCCCCCAUCUCGACCCCGUUCGGGCCCGCUCUUCAAUAUCGCACGCAUACCAUCGCGGUAAUCUGGGGGUACUACUACGCCGGGCGCAUUCUGCUCAAUCGUUUGCAUCCAUCAAUGCCCCCAGCCAUGAUGGUAUCCGCUGGAGUAGCGGCUCCAACGACAGCAGAGUACGCGCAGAUCAUUGGGAAAAUCAUUGCCGGCAUCUAUUACCCGCAGCGCUACAAUCUCGCAGCCGGCAGUCUGAGCCCGACGCUCGGGUCGUCUCUGACUGACAUGACCGUGCCGGUGUUCUUCGCUGGUGUGCAAUACACAGAUGCCACGCAACGUGGUUGGACAAUCGCAAAGUUGCGCGAAAUCUCCCGCCUGACGGGAUGGAAGUCUUCGGACGCUGUCGCCGGGGGCUGUGAAAGAGCAUGGGUCACUGCUGCGGAGCAUGGUCGCGGGCCGCCAUAUCAGCGGUCUUUUGAAAUGGAUCGGCAUAGUGAAUACCUCGAGCGCAAGGCGGGGAUGUCGAACAACGACCUGCGCUUCGUCACGAUCAACGCCUCGGAUCAUGUCCAGUACGGGUUUGGAAUCUUGAGCUUGGAGGACGAUCUGAGCGUCUUGGAGUUGUAG